CGCACAGCCUAACGGCAGCAGUAGUGGUAGACCGGUCGUUGUCGUUGCUGUUGUUGUUCUUGCAGCAGAAUUAGUGUCGAACGUGCGUCCGUACCGUGUGCCGGCUUUUUGUCUGCGUUUCUGUCCGUGGCCAAAUAACGAAAAACGAACCCUUCAAAUAUUGUCCGAUUAUUGCCGUGAUUAUUCGCGGUAAUUCUGUGGUUUGUCUGCCGCGUGGAGACCGAGCCGGUCGGGCCCGGGGAGCAUUCGAUCGAUAACGCCGUUUCCGGUUCCACAACAGUGCGGCGUCGGCCAUGCGUUUGACGUCGUUGCGCGACUUAUAGGUGUCGGCGGUGGACGUCCAUCAUCCCCUCGCACGGUUUUAACGAUAAUUAAUAAUUUAUCCGUUUCGAAGUUCAGUUUCGUAGUUUAUUACCGUUUUCGUUCCUCGCGGAUCGCACAGUAGCAACCGGACAUCCGGAAGCUGAAAGAAAUGACCUGUACCCUUUGGUCGUUCGCGGUCGUCCUGUGCCUGGCGCAGGCGGCCAUCGCCAGCUCGCCUUCUUCGUGUUAUCGGACUUCCAACUACUUCCGAACGCAUUUCAACGACACCAGUUACGUGUUGGAACAACCAGCUAUAUCAAGCGCAUUUUUGCAAGUUUGUGGAAAAUCGCAAGAAACGUGUUGUCACGAAAACUCAGAACCGCAAUUGGUAAAUGCGGGCAGAAAUAUGUACGACGAUAAACUGCAGACUUCGUUAAAAACCCUAAGCGGCAUGUACAAAGAAAAAGCUGCGAAAUUCGAUGAGUACUUCAGGGACAUGCUGAACAAGGCCAGAAUGGGUUUUCACGACAUGUUCAAAAAGACUUACGGAAUGAUGUACGAACAGAAUUCGUACCUUUUCCAAGAUCUGUUUAGGGACCUGGAAAAGUAUUACGACGCGGGCAACACGAACAUCGUUGAGGUGCUGGAAAACUUCUUCUCCGUACUGUGUCAAAAAAUGUUCACCGUAAUGAACAGCCAAUUUGCAUUUGACGCCAAGUAUUUGGUGUGCGUCAGCGAGAGCAUGUCGGAGGUAGCGCCCUUUGGCGACGUGCCCGACAAACUUUCAGCGCCGCUAAAAAGGUCAUUUGUCGCUUCCAGAACGUACGUCCAGGCCCUCAAAAUAGCAAGUGACAUUUUGGCCAACAUCAACAAGAUGGCACCUACCCAAGAGUGUUUAGUUGGCUUCACCAGAAUGACUCAAUGUUCAGCUUGUAGAGGAUUGCAAGACAGCAAAGCCUGUAACGGGUAUUGUCUAAACGUCAUGAAGGGAUGUCUGGCGUACCACUCGCAACUCGAUCAAGACUGGAACGCGUUUUUGGAUAUCAUGGAGAAGGUGAAAAAACGUCUGUUAGGGCCGUUCAACAUUGAACUGGUCGUCAUACCGAUCAACGUAAAAAUAUCCGAAGGCAUAAUGAACUUCCAAGAGAACUCUCAAAAAGUUUCACAAAAGGUGUUCGCAAACUGCGGUAAACCUACGUUGGGUCCAUCGCGUCGGCGCCGUCGCCGCGACGUGUCUAACAUCGACGACUACUACGAUUACCAACAAGGACGAGUGAUGAACGACGGCAAAAACAAGGACGCGAGUAAAGCCGACGCUGACGGCGAAGACGAUAUGGACGACGAAGACGACGAGGAUGACGAAGACGACGAAUAUGACGACAUGAAACCGGCGGUGCCUCCUCAAAUCAGAAGUGAAUAUAAAGUAGUCGUCCAGACAGAAAGCAACGUACGGAAGAAUAAGCAACAGCAACAACAGCAAAGGAAGAACAAGAAUAACAAUGGUCCGAAGAACGGUGCCAACGGUGGAGGAAACAAGAACAGGAAAAAGAAUAACAAGAAUAACGGUCUCGAAGACGAAGAAGAAGACCAAGGAGGUCCUGCGUUCGCAUUCCACAGGCUGCUCAAAGACAUCGGCACCCACGUGUCGUCCACAAAAAACUUUUGGAAGAGAUUGCCGUACGAAGUGUGCAACAAUGAGGUGGCUGUGAUCGAGACCGUUCAGAACACCAGUUGCUGGAAUGGAUCUGCAUUGGCCAGUUACGCUAAGGAGGUAAUGAAAGACGGCAUCAAAAACCAGAAGAGGAAUCCCGAGGUGCCGGUGGACGUGACGCGACCCAGCAGUCUGCUCAACGAACAGGUGUUCGCGCUCAAGGCCCUGACAAACCUGCUGAAAAACGCGUACCAAGGGCUGGACGUGGAAUGGGACAUGGAGGAGGUGUUCCACGGAGGCGAGCUGAGCGGCGCCGGCCCUAUAGCGUCGUCGGGCGACGGUUCCGGUGACGAGGACGAGGACGUCGUCGGCGGUCACAUGCCGUCGUCGUCUCCACCGCCGCCACCGCCUCCGGCGGGCGGAAGCGGAUCGGCCACGACGGCCACAAACGCGGCCGGCACGACGACGCCCUCUCCGACGCGAACGGCGACGGAUCCUUCCGACGGCGGCACAGGGUCUGGAUCGAGCGCGAGUCACAAGGCCAAACCGACGCUUCAGAAGGCGUUGGCCACGUACCUGUUGCCGGUGGUCGCCGUCUGGUUCGGCGGAUCGUUCCUCGAGUGGAUUCUGUGAACGGCACAAGAACAUUGUCCGUCGCAGUUUUUCUGUAUUUUAUUAUUUUGAAAUUUUAUUAUUAUUAUUAUUUUUUUUUAACUCUUGUCGUUUUUUAACGGUGCCAUAACGGAACAAAAAAAAAACAAAAAAAAAAAAGGAGAAAAAAACAACUAUAAAAAAAAAAAAACGUUCAGCGCGUGUUGUUUGACUGUGAUAAUUUUUUUUUCGUGUACAAAUACUUUAUUCGUUAAGUAGGGUAGACGCGUGUAUAUAGCGGCCCAACGCGACUAUCUCAUCUUCGGGCGGCAACGGGCCGGGCCCCAGAUUUCUCUCGAGUAACCUGUAACCUGCGAGUCUUCAUCGAAAGUUUAUAAUAUUAUAUAAUAUAAAAAUAAUAGUAACGUUACUCUUUAUGGUAGUUUGUUGUACGAAUACACAAACCUAACAUCGUUAUAGGACACUAACAUAAUAUUAUUAUUAUUAUUGUAAUAUGUAUUCGUUUUAGUUUUAAUUAAUAUUAUAAGUAUAUUAUAUUGUAUUCAAAUAUCUCAUCAUACAAUCUGUAAUUGGAUGUUAAUAUAUUGUAAUGGUUAAGAAUUUAAAAACGUACGACUAUCAUCAUGAUAGACAGUUCGUUAUGCACUAGAUACACCACACAUUACAAUGUAUAUAUUAUUAUUAUUAUAUAUUUAUUACCAUCAAAUUCUAAAUUAACAGGUAUUCAAGUAAAAUUUCCUCGAGUCUCAAUCUAUUUGCACCACUCAAAACCACCACAGUAAGGAGCAAUAGCUUCUAUUUGUGUAUUUUGUUUAUGACAAUUUUUUAUUUGUUUUAAUUUUUAAGUGAAUUAGUCUAGUCAACAUUCUCAUAAAUUGUAAAAAUGUAGCAAACAAAGAAAAAAUUUACAAUCUUGAUUUUCAUUUAUACAAUUUUUUUCUUUAAUAUAUACAUUUUUUUUUUUAUUGGGUAAAUAUAUUUUUGUAAUACAUUAUUGUUUUAUACAUAAACAAACAUAUGUGAUUUAAAAAUAAUCUUAUGUGCAUAAUAUCAUAUAAAUAUUUGUACAAACAUAUUAUUGUCUGUCUUUCUACAAAAGAAGGGUCCAUGUUUCGUUGUUAAGGCCUUAUUUAAUGCUAAUCUAUAAGAAAAUAAAAUUAAAAUAAAAACUUUUAAUGUCAUAAGUUUUCUUGUAAAGUAAUUAUGUACUUAUAUCAUGUAUAUAUAUAAUUUAUAAUUAAAUAAAAAAAUAUUAAUUUAAAAAA